UACACUUGUAUAUCUCAUAACCUACGCGACACAUAAAUGGCCGGGUUAUGACUUUUUACCGCGAUGCAUCAUGCAAUUUACUUGUACGCAUAAUAAUCAGCGAGUAUUCCUGACGUGACAACAAAAGAAAAAGGCAGAACGAAUGAAGUCUAACGCAUAUUCACUGGCGCGUCGUAUUAUACAGUGCAAGCACGUGCUUACGUUGGUACCAUCCCGCGCUAAAGAUUGUAAUUUUCAGCGAAACUUCGCAUCUUAUUACAAAAAUAUGCCGCGCUCUAAUUCGCGCAUUUACGACAUACAAAAGUUGAGGCAGAAAAUGAAAGGGAAAUCUAUAAAAUAUACUUCCAGUGCAAACGUGUCAUUACAGAUUCUGGGCAGCGGGGCUUAUGGUGCACCAAGAUGCGUUUAUCUAUCAGCAGGUCAUAUCAGCUACCUCUUCAAUUGCGGAGAGGGAACGCAAAAGCUGGCGCAUGAACACAAAUACAGGCUGGUGAAGUUGGAACAUGUGUUCAUAACAUCUGCUAAUUGGGAAAACUUGGGCGGCAUGCCAGGAAUGUUGCUUACGAUACAAGAAGCCGGAGUACCAGAAAUCAACAUACACGGUCCCAAAGGUACCGUAGAGAUUUUCGACGCGAUCAAGAGAUUCGUAUACCUGCACGAUUUAAAAGUUCGCGAAGCUACAUGCGACGAGUCGCAAUCAUAUACAGAUCAGGUGAUGUCUGUUUCGUACAUUCCCAUUGCAAAGUCGACUGUGCAAGAUGCAGAGUCUGUCGAUUUAGGGGAAGCAGAAAUGGUCGACAAUAUCAAUUACUACGAUUAUCUGUCCAAGUCGAGUACUGAAAAGAUAUUCAAAAGUAUGAAAGAGAAGAAGAACAAGUCUCAGACGAUUGGACAGAAUUCAUGUAGGAAAUUGAUAUCACAGGCGAUGUCUUAUAUUUGUAAAUUACAUCCUCGGCAAGGCAAACUGUUAUUGGAGAAAUGCGUGGAAAAAGGUGUGAAACCUGGUCCUGUACUAGGUCAGCUCAAAGCUGGCGAGGAUGUUACUUUGCCGGACGGCACCGUCAUUUUGAGUAAGGAUGUCUGUUCUCCGCCGAUACCGGGUCCCAUUUUCUUAGUUGUGGAAUGUCCAUCGGAGGAUUAUUUAGAAUCUUUUAUAAGCCACCCCGCUUUUGCACGGCACCAAACGUCGGAAGAAGACAACGUGCCGCAUUGCGUCGUUCACUUUACUCCUCAGCAGGUGAUGGAUGAUCCUCGUUACGUGAACUGGAUGGAAAAGUUUAGCUCCUACACGCGCCAUAUAAUCGUAAAUGAAGAGAACAAGUGUAUGGGUACCGAGUCAUCUCACAAACGUCAGCAUCAACUUCACAUGUUACAUCCCGAGAUAUUUCCCUUUUUGAACGCAGACUCCUUUCAGAAGAAAACACGGGCGGGAGAUCCGUGCAUCGUGCAUCGUUCUAGAACGAAUCACACUGUCCAUCUGCUGCCGGAAUUAAAAUUCGAUACGGAGAACGAGGUAUCGUUGCAUCCGAAGGAAUAUGUAAACGAGAUAUUUGAGGUCAAUGGCUUUUUAGACGCGUUGGCGGAGCUACAAACUAAUAUUAACGCUCAAACAAAAGCAUUGUCCAUCGUAAACGAUUAUCCGAAGAUCCUUGUUCUGGGCACUGGCUCCAGCAUACCGAAUAAGGUCCGAAACACGAGCGGCAUAAUCUUACAAAUAGACGAGAACCAUAGUAUAUUGUUGGAUUGCAGUGAGGGUACAUUCGGGCAGAUUGCGAAAUUUUCCGGAAGAUCCGAGGUGGACGAUAUCAUGCGGUCAAUUAAGGCGAUCUACGUGUCACAUCUGCACGCGGAUCAUCAUAUCGGAUUAAUUGGUUUGAUGAAACAACGAAGAAAAGUUACGCAAGAUCCCUUGUACCUGCUCGCACCGGCGCAUAUAGUCGCAUGGUUGCAGAUGUAUCACAAACGUUUCGAGCCCAUUUUGCAUCAAAUAACACUGAUAUCGAACAACGAGUUCUUUAUGGACGUACAUAGACUGGCGGAUCGGAAGUAUAACAAUAUGUACAAGACUUUGAAUGUGCGAGCCGUGAGGACGGUAUACGUUAAACAUUGUCCUUACUCUUACGGUGUUUCGAUAGAGCUCAACAACGGCAAGAAAAUAGUUUACAGCGGUGACACUAUGCCCUGCGAGAAUCUCGUGAAACUUGGACAAGACUGCGAUCUACUGAUUCACGAGGCGACGUUGGAGGACGAUCUUGCAAAAGAAGCAAAGUUAAAGUUUCAUUCGACGGUGUCGCAAGCUAUACAAGCGGGCGAAAAUAUGAGAUCCAAGUUUACGCUAUUGACGCAUUUCAGCCAACGCUACGCGGCCAUACCUCAUUUACCAGAAAACGAGAAUGACACUAGACUACGUAAUGUCGGUAUCGCGUACGAUUAUAUGCAUGUCAGUCUAUCACAAUUGCCGCUUUUGCCUUUCCUGUACCCGGCAUUGAAAAUCAUGUUUUCCAAGCAUUAUGUGGAAUUGGAAGAACGUGCCGCUAAGCGGCAACGGUUGAUGAAUUAGUAAUGCUUGAAUGCCUAUCUUGAGUAUCAUUCUAUAUAUAAUAAAGAACUACGUUACGACGAGUGUAUCGAUCGAA